AUGGCGAGGAUCAAGCAGGGGGUAUUUUCCUGGGAGGAUGUGCUGGCACAUCGGUACCAGAACAACAAACCCACCGCCCUCACUAAUCUCAAGAGCCAGCCCCAGCAGGCUGAAGCAGAAGCAGAAACAGACACACAGACACAGACUCGGGCCGACAGAGAAACAGGCGACUACCCAUCCUACACCCCCCAAACCCAGAGCCUCCUCCUCGGCAAACUCUCCCCAGAGCUCCGCCUCCUCAUCUGGGAGUUCGUGUUCGCAGACUUGCGCCUGCACAUCGUACAGCGUCCCAACAGACGCAUGGGCCACGUCGUGUGUCCCGGCACCGCAGUGUCCUGCGAGAUAUGCCAGGGAGGACUGCCGUGUCCGAAAAAGGGGCCGAGUGGGCUUCUUGCGCUGUCGAUGGUUUGUAAACAGACCCACAUAGAAUCGCACCACCUCCUUUACACCCAGCCAACAUUCGAAUUCAGCACGACCUGGUCCCUACCCUACCUCCGACUGACAAUUGCCCCAGAACACUGGCACGCAAUCCAAGCAGUCGAGCUGCGGUGGGCCUUUCCAGGCCACUGGCUGCCGAGCAAGGACCCAGUCAAGCAUGUGUAUUUCGCGGCGGGACGAACGCAGUGGAUCGAGACGUGUCGGGCUGUGGCGGAGAUGCGCGGCCUGCGCAACUUCACGUUGAGAGUCAGUGGGGCGUGGUUCUGUGAGCCGGCGGAGAGGAUUCCUAGCUUUCUGGAGCCGCUGCGGGGGAUGGGCUGUAGUGCUGGGGGUGGGUGGAAGUUGGUGCUGCCGAAGCAGGUCUGCUAUGGGGGGGAGUUUGAGGGGAUUGGGAGGGAUUUGCUUGGUGCGUAUACGUAG